AUGAGCUUCGGUGCUGUGGACAUGGAGGAGGAGAGCGGCGCCGCGGCGGCGGCCGCAGCGGCGGAGGAGAUCCGGCGGCUGCCGGCCGAGGUGAACUGGGAGAUGCUCGACAAGUCGCGAUUCUUCGUCCUGGGCGCGGCGCUCUUCUCGGGCGUGUCCGCGGCGCUGUACCCGGCCGUGGUGGUCAAGACGCACCUGCAGGUGGCGCCGCCGCCGCAGGCGGCCACGGCCACGGGGACGGCCGCCGCCAUCCUCCGGCGGGACGGCCUGCGCGGGUUCUACCGCGGGUUCGGUGCGUCGCUGGCCGGCACGGUGCCCGCGCGCGCGCUCUACAUGGCGGCGCUCGAGGUCACCAAGAGCUCCGUGGGCUCCGCCGCCGUCCGGCUGGGCGUGUCCGAGCCCACCGCGUCGGCCGUCGCCUCCGCCGCGGCGGGCGUGUCCGCGGCCGUCGCGGCGCAGGUGGUGUGGACCCCCGUGGACGUCACGAGCCAGCGGCUGAUGGUCCAGACCUCAACCUCCUGCCGCUACCGCGGCGGCGCGGACGCCUUCCGGAAGAUCCUCCUCGCGGACGGCGUCCGCGGCCUCUACCGCGGAUUCGGCCUCUCCAUCCUCACGUACGCGCCGUCCAACGCGGUGUGGUGGUCGACCUACGCCGUGGCGCAGCGGUGCCUGUGGCGCGCCGUCGGGCACGAGCGCUCCGAGAGCUGCGCCUCCCUGAUGGCCGUGCAGGGCGCGAGCGCGGCCGUGGCCGGGGCCGCCGCGGCGCUGGUGACCAUGCCGCUGGACACCGUGAAGACGCGGCUGCAGGUGAUGGAGGCCGACGCGGCGGCGCGCCCCACGCUGGCGAGCACCGUCCGCGGUCUGCUCAAGGAGGGCGGCUGGGCGGCGUGCUACCGCGGGCUCGGGCCCAGGUGGGGGUCCAUGUCGCUGUCCGCGGCCACCAUGGUGACCACCUACGAGUUCCUCAAGCGGCUCUCCGCCAAGGAGGGCUCCUUGGGCUAG